AUAUAGUGAUUACUUGGGACGGAGUGGUGUGUGUGGGUUGGGUUGAGUUAGGUGAAAGCCUCUGUGGAAUGGGAUUGGGAAGGGAUGGAUUUCUGGCCAGAAUUUUUAGCGAGCAGUUGGGGGAGAGAAUUCGUAGCAGGAGGGUUCGGUGGUGCAGCGGGCGUAAUCUCAGGUUACCCACUGGACACGCUGAGGAUCCGUCUUCAACAGCCUUCCAAUCCCACCAAAUCUGCCAUCGGUCUCCUCAGCCACAUCGUCUCUUCUGAGGGACCUUCCGCGUUAUACCGUGGCAUGGCCGCUCCGGUAGCCUCUGUCACCUUCCAGAAUGCUUUAGUGUUUCAAACAUAUGCAGUUCUAUCACGAGCAUUUGAUUCAUCAAACAACAACAUAGAUCCUCCUUCCUACAAAAGCGUGGGAUUAGCAGGUUUUGGAACUGGUGCUCUGCAGAGUUUGCUGCUUACCCCUGUUGAAUUAGUGAAGAUACGCCUCCAAUUACAGCAAACAACAGGAAGAUCAUCACACAAACACCAAUCAAUCGAUCAACAAGGAAGUCCAGUAAGCCUUGCUAAAUACAUUUUCAGGAGAGAAGGGAUGAAGGGACUCUACCGAGGUCUCACCAUCACUGCCCUCCGAGACGCACCUGCUCACGGCUUCUACUUCUGGACCUACGAGUACACAAGAGAGAAAUUCCACCCAGGUUGUCGAAAGAAUGGUCAAGAGAGCCUCCAAACAAUGUUGUUUGCCGGCGGACUUGCAGGGGUUGCUAGUUGGGUGUGUUGCUAUCCACUGGAUGUGGUAAAGACCAGACUUCAAUCCCAAAUGCAAUCCCCAUUGGACAAUCCACCGCCCAAAUACCUUGGCAUCAUUGAUUGCUUUCGCAAGAGUGUCAAAGAAGAGGGUUUUAGAGUUUUGUGGAGAGGUUUGGGUACUGCCAUUGCUCGGGCUUUUGUGGUAAAUGGAGCCAUCUUUGCUGCCUAUGAGAUAUCUCUCCGGUGCUUAUUUAGCGACAAUAGCCCUGGAAGCAUUCAAAAAGAGGACAACAGAUUAUAGGACAAAGCGGUAUGCUCUGCAACUGGGGCCAGCCAAAUUUUUUCCAAUAUUUU